AAUUAUUUUCAUUUCAUUUAAUAUUUUUAUUGCUUGAAAAAUUCCCAACUACAAAAUCUGUGAAUUACGAUUUUUUUACUUUUUUCCACGAAAAUUACACUCGCGUGUAUUGCGUGCUGCAUACGCAGCAAGGGGGCCAGUUGUGAGUGUGAUGGGCGUGUGCGGCGAUGGAAUAAGUGUCGUCAGCUGUGUUUUGUUGACGCAAGGGCCGGAGUGGCGUGUACUGUUGAUGUGGACGUCGACGGCGGCAGAGGCAGGCAACGUGAGUGCAACGAGAUCGGCCGAACAACCACACGUACGGGAAGUCAAGGACUGAAUUAUUGAAGACGAAGCGAACUUGCAAUGAGCACCGCGUUGAUUUUGGUGGGCGGCUUCGGCACUCGGCUGCGGCCACUGACCCUCAGUCGGCCAAAGCCGCUCGUCGAAUUCGCCAACAAGCCGAUGCUGCUGCACCAGAUCGAGGCCUUGGUCAAGGCCGGCGUUCGCAGGGUCGUGCUCGCCGUCUCGUACAGAGCCGAGCAGAUGGAACAGCAACUCACUGUCGAAGCCGAAAAACUUGGGGUUGAACUUCUGUUUUCACUCGAAUCAGAGCCGCUGGGCACCGCGGGCCCUUUGGCCCUGGCGCGACCUUUGCUGGUCACACCGACCAACGAACCCUUUUUUGUUCUAAACUCGGACAUCAUCUGCGAAUUCCCCUUUAAGGAGAUGAUCGCCUUCCACAAAGCGCACGGCGGCGAGGGCACCAUCGCCGUCACCAAAGUGGAAGAACCUUCAAAGUACGGCGUCGUCGUUUACGACGAUGAAUCCGGACGGAUCAAGAGCUUCAUCGAGAAACCGCAGGAGUUCGUUUCGAACAAGAUUAACGCCGGCAUGUACAUUCUGAGCCCCAAAGUUCUUGACAGGAUAGAACUGAAACCCACAUCCAUUGAAAAAGAGGUUUUUCCGCAAAUGGCUGCUGACGGGGCCCUUUUUGCGAUGGAACUGCCUGGUUUUUGGAUGGACGUCGGCCAGCCCAGGGAUUUCCUCACCGGACUUGCUUUGUACCUUGGUUCUGUGCGACAAAACCACCCUGAAACGUUGUACAACGGUCCAGGGGUUGUGGGCAACGUCCUUGUGGACCCAACUGCUCGAAUUGGGCAAAACUGCAGAAUCGGACCAAACGUUGCAAUCGGGCCAGACGUGGUAGUAGAGGACGGCGUCUGCGUCAAACGCAGCGUCAUUCUUAAGGGUGCAACAGUUCGCUCGCAUUCAUGGCUAGAGGGUUGCAUCGUUGGUUGGCGCUCAGUUGUUGGCCGGUGGGUUCGAAUGGAGAAUAACACAGUCCUCGGUGAGGAUGUGAUCGUCAAAGACGAGCUCUACAUCAACGGCGGCCAAGUGCUGCCCCACAAAAGCAUUGCCGCCUCCGUCACGGAUCCACAGAUCAUUAUGUGACUGCUCAGAAAUGAAAAUUGUGCCGAGGGUGAAUUGGUCGAGAGAAAACGGAAAAGAUUGUUGAUUUUUUUAUCCUGUGACAAGCAGCAAGUUCGUGCAAAAUUUAUUAGGGUUUUGCAUAGUUUAAUUUAAAUUUUAUUAUUAUGCAGAGGUAGGUGCUGCUUUUGAUUUGCAAAUUCAUUCCAUUUUCCAGUGAUUGAAAAGGAAACAGUCGAGUGCCAGUGACCUUUUAUUUAAGUUAAAAAAAUGAAGUGUGUGAACGGGAGUUUUGUGCAUAAACUGCCAUAAAUUUCUAUGCAUUGUGUUAUUUAGGGCAUUUUAUUAUGUAUAUUUGUUUUUGGGUAAAUAUUUUAAUCUGUGGCGUCUCAGGUUUUACACAUAAAAGAAUUAAUGUCAUUUUAUAAAAAAAAAUGGUGCAGCAAAACUUAAUUCCAAAAUAAAAAUAUAAAGCGUU